AUGGGCAAACGCAAGUCAUCACAGAAGCCUAUGGGCCCCAAGAAGGCCGAUCCUCUACCUACCACAUUUACGUGCUUAUUCUGCAACCACGAGAAGUCAGUCACGGUGAAACUUGAUCGCAAGGCCGGUGUUGGCCAGUUAGAUUGCCGCAUUUGUGGUCAGAAAUUCCAGUGCGCCGUCAACUACCUCUCCGCCGCCGUGGAUGUGUACGGAGAAUGGGUGGAUGCCGCAGAGGCUGUCGCGAAAGAAGACAGUGCACGCGCCAGCUACACGGGCACCGCGAGAGCACCGCCAUCGAGGCGAGAUCGAGCCGAGGAGGAUGCGACAAGCGAUCGUGACGAGUCUCACCGAUACGGCGGCGAGAGUAUCGUAGCGGACGACGAAGACGACUGA